AUGAGGUCAGUUGUAUAUAAUACUUUUAACGUGUUUCCCUUGAGUUUUAAAGCAGUACAACAAGCUACCAAAUCGGAUCCGGUGCUCAAGAAAGUUUAUCGGUACAUCCAGGAUGGCUGGCCGAAUUCCCUAGCCAGUAAUACUGACCGAGAACUUCUUCGUUUUUACAAUCGCCGUGAAUCGCUUUCUACGGUGCUGGGCUGCAUCAUGUUCGGCGAGAGACUUGUGAUUCCGUCUCCGCUACGUAAGCGAUGCCUUGUGGAGCUCCACAGAGGACACCCAGGGAUCCAGCGGAUGAAGGCUCUUUCGCGAAGCUACGUUUAUUGGCCGUCGCUGGACAACGAGAUCGCUGAUUACGUAAAGACGUGCUCACCAUGUGCUACAACAAGGAAGUCACCCGCCGCAGCCACACCUGUGCCAUGGCCCAAGCCAGUUCGCCCUUGGCAACGCGUCCAUAUAGACUAUGCCGGCCCCAUUGACGGUGAUUAUUAUUUACUCGCCGUGGAUGCUUUCUCAAAAUGGCCGGAGGUUAUCCGUACACGUCGCAUCACGGCAUCCGCAACUAUCGACAUCCUACGCAAUAUUUUUGCACGUCUAGGUAUGCCGGAAACGGUUGUGUCAGACAACGGCACCCAAUUCACGAGUUUGGAGUUCGCCCAAUUCUGUUCAACAAACGGAAUCGACCAUGUAACCAUUGCACCGUUUCACCCACAAUCCAAUGGCCAGGUGGAACGGUUCGUCGAUACAUUCAAGCGGGCGAUGAAGAAACUCGAAGAAGGGAGAGAGUCAACCAUUGAAGCAUUGGAAACGUUCCUGUUGGCUUACCGAAGCACACCAAAUCGGUCAGCACCUGAGGGUCUAUCACCAUCGGAAAUAAUGUUCGGACGGCGAAUACGCACCUGUCUCGAACUUCUACGUCCGCCAACUGAACGUCUACCAUCAGUAACGCAACCUGUCAACCAGAAGAAGUUCAACAUAAGAUUCUUUAAUGUCAGUGACCCUGUCUACGUCAAAAUUUAUACCAAGAACGUCUGGAAUUGGGUUCCCGGCAAGAUAAUCGAAAAAGUAGGACGAGUCAUGUUCAACGUUCUCACCGAAAAUCGUCGCUCAGUUCGUUCACAUCUGAACCAACUGAAAAGCCGAGCAUCAUCUGUUUUUGAUCAUGUUCCUGAAGUAAGUACAUCGCCAAGACAGAAGCAACUUCCCUUGAAUGUGCUCCUCGAUGCUUGGAAUAUUUCGCCAAUCAGUGAUUCAAGCAGCGAAGUAACAGCUACAACUGCGAAUGCAAGCGACGUGGUCCGGACUCCCUCGUUAUCAUCACCUGCUGGUUCGGGCAAGAACGCCGAUCUGUCAUCCUCGUCUUCAAGCACAACAUCUUCCAGUUUCGAGUCGGCUGCUGCUAGCACACCGACCAUACAACACAUCAUACCACGUCGUUCUUCCAGACAGCGAAGACCGCCAGUGAGAUUUAACCUAUAA